AUGGGAGUCUACAAGUACAUCCAGGAGCUAUGGAGGAAGAAGCAGUCGGUAGUCAUGUGGUUUCUGCUGCGCGUGCGCUGCUGGCAGUACCGCCAGCUGUCGGCAUUUCACCGGGUGUUCCGGCCCACCAGGCUGAACAAGGCCUGCCGGCUGGGCUACAAGGACAAGGAAGGUUAUGUCAUCUACCGCAUUCGCAUUCGCAUUCGCUGGGGUGGCCGAAAGCACCCGGUGCCCAAGGAUGCGACCUACGGUAAACCUGUGCAUCAUGGUGUCAAUCAGCUGAAGUUUGCCAGGAGCCUUCAGUCCGUAGCAGAAGAGUGUGCUGGCUGCCAUCGUGGGGCCCUGAGAGUCUUGAACUCCUACUGGGUGGGUGAAGAUUCAACCUACAAAUUCUUUGAGGUUAUUCUUAUUGAUCCAUUCCAUAAAGCUAUCAGACGAAACCCCGACAUACAAUGGAUCACCAAGCCAGUACAAAAGACAGAGAGAUGCAGGGGUUAG